AUGACUAUUCGAAAAUUCUCCAUUGAUUUACUAUUUUUCAAACGUACCUAUACGUUGCUUAAAAUAGUUUUUCCAUUUUCACGAUGUCGAAUAAUACCGAGUUCAUUUCUUAUUGCUGUAUGUGUUAUUGUUGUUUCUAUUGCAGAUCAAGUAGCAACUUAUUUUGUGGGUGUAUUACCAAGUGAAUUUUAUGUUGCACUUGGUAAUCGUGAUAUUGAAACAUUUCGAGUGCUUGCUGCUAAAGCAACUUUAAUUAUUUUGUCGAAAGCUUCGACGUUAUCAGCUAUAAAAUAUAUGGCAGCGCAGUUAUUUUUAAAAUUUCGUGAAACUACUGGAUUUACACUGCAUCGCUUGUAUUUUAAACGACAAGGCUAUUAUCGCUUAAAUGUUCUCAGUGAUAAUUUUGAUAAUCCUGAUCAACGUAUGACACAGGAUGUUGAAAAAGCGACAAAAUUAUUAGCGCAAGAAUUAUUUGCACCAGUUUUUAUGGCACCGUUUGUUAUAGGAUAUUAUACUUUCUUAACAUAUGAAAGUUCGGGAUAUCUUGGGCCAUUAACAAUUUAUGCUUAUUUCACGUUAGCUACUGUGAUUAAUCGACUUUUACUGUCUCCAAUUGUAUUGUUGGUUAAUGAGCAAGAGAAGAAGGAAGGUGAUUUCAGGUUACGUCAUGUUGAAGUACGUACAAAUGCUGAAUCAAUUGCUUUUUAUCAAUCAGGACUGAUUGAAAAUGUUAUGACAAACAAAAAAUUGAAAUCACUAAUUAAAGUGCAAAAUAAAUUAGUCGAAUGGCGUUUUGCAUUGAGCUUAGCAACAAGCGCUUUCGAUUAUUUUGGCGGAACAUUAAGUUAUUUGAUUAUUUCAAUUCCGAUAUUUUUAACACACAAUUAUGACGAUUUAUCCGGAAUUGAACUUUCUGGCAUUAUUAGUCGGAAUGCAUUUUAUUACUUGUAUCUCAUCUAUAGUUUCACUCGUUUAAAUGCACUUUCGGAAGUGAUUGGCGAUAUGGCCGGUGUAACCCAUCGAAUAAUUGGACUAUAUGAAGAGUUGGUAAGACUACAUAUUGAUAGGCUUGAAAUGGAUCGUCCACCAUCGACAGUUCCAUCCUCGGUGGUAGUUCUUGCUUCAGAAGAUCCAGAAAAACCGAAUGUAGUGCCAGAGAGGAAGAUAGAAGAAUUGUAUGGUAAACAAGGCCACUUAUUUGAACUUGAACCAGACGAUGAAGAAGUUGAAUUUUUGUUGCAACGAGCAGAUGAAAGUCGUGACAGAGAAGAACCGGAAUGGCUUGAUGAUGGCAUUGCGAUGACUCUCGAUUCAGUUACUGUUGCAUUUCCGAAUGAUUCAUCGGCACCUCUUGUCUCGAAUUUGUCGUUGCAAAUUGUUGAGGGCAAAAAUUUGCUAAUAACUGGUGAUGGUAGUGUUGGAAAAACAUCACUGUUGAGAGUAUUUGCUGGACUUUGGAAAUGUGUCACUGGAAAACUAGAAAGACAUUGGAAAAUGAGUCCAAUGACAUUAUAUUUUGUGCCUCAGAAAACUUAUUUUCCAAAUGGUGGCUGUAGUUUGCGUCAGCAAUUGGUUUAUCCACUAAAAGCUUUAUCUCUUGAAAAAGAAGCAGCUCGUUUAGCUCAAAUUCUGGAAUGGAUCAAAUUAGAGCAUUUGUUACAACGGUGUAAUGGUUUAGAUACACCAGUAGGAUGGGAUUGGUCUGAAACAUUGUCACCCGGUGAACUGCAAAGGCUUUCAAUAGGUCGUGUAUUAUACCAUCGACCACGAAUAGCAUUUCUGGAUGAAGCAACAAGUGCUAUUGGUUUUGAGAUGGAAAUGUCACUAUAUCGUUUGAUGAAAGAGGAGCGUAUUUCAUAUGUUUCAAUAGGACAUCGAUUUUCGCUAAGGCAAUAUCAUGAUGUAGAGUUACAUCUUAGUGGUAAUGGUGAAUGGACAUUGAAUGACAUCGAUGCAACAAAUAUGAGUAGCGGUGGUACUUCAACUUUUAUCAAUCUUUCCAUGAAGAAUAGUUAA